AUGGCUUUACUCCGCUUUUUAGCGUAUCUUGUGGCCUUGCAGGCCUUUCUCGUGGGACAAUUGGUCUUGGCUCAGUAUGCUCAAGACUACUUAGUCCAGAAUGUACCCAACCCCAAUGGCGGUGGCACCACCACUGCGUACUUUUACAAGUCUUGCAGCCAACCCAACCCAGCUACGGUGCCCCAGCAAGUUAUUGACCUCGCCCCGCAAUCUGUGUACCUCAUAUACAACUGCUAUUACAUGAAAGACAUCUGUAAAAAUGCCUACAACUUCUUUGAAAUUAACGGAAGGGGUCGUGGAAUCCUUCAUCCCACGAGCGGGCUUCCCAACUACGUGUUUGGCUACGACACACAUACCGGAAAAGACCCUGCUUGGCGCUCGUACAACCGCCGAGAGCACACUUGCCCGACCCACCAUGUUCCAUACUGGAAGAAUUUCCACACGUGCCCCGAACCGAACCAACGGACUGUGAUGCGGAACGAUGGUCCCUGGUGGACUACUCAGCUCGAGCCUGGAACCGAUACCAACCAGCUCCGAAACCAGAUUGUCAACGGCCAGAUAAUAGAAUCCAAAAUACGGUACUCGUGCGACGAAUUCCCGGCGGCACCAUGGGUCGAAGGCGGCGACAACCAGUUUGGUGACAUUGAUCAAAAAGCACAGACUCGUUGUGCCGCUAUACGCUGUGGAGGAGGAGUCAAGGCCGAGCAAGAUUGGCAGGCACAGGCGCACAAUGCCCUGCAAAACCAGCUAAAAAGGAUGGUGAGAAGGCGGAGGCUACUGGUUCCCGGGGCCUUUCCAUACUACCAACCCAAGAACAGCGUCAUAUUGUUUGGUUUCGCGAUGACCUCGGCACCAGAUGGCAUCGCCGCCAGAGUGUUUACUUACGACGACCCGGACAAGACCGUAGUCACGGAUGAACGCCGGAUUUCUCAGGCAAGACGAAGUAUGGAGGAAGGAGAAGAGGCAGUAAACUCGACUUCUCAUAGCCAUUGGCUCAGUCCCGAACGCCUCAUGGAGCUGGUCAAGUCAAGCCAGGGAAGCGAGGUUGUAGUUCCCGCCAAUGACUCCGCAUCGUUCGAGUCCAUGGCCGAUAUGACGGGCACGGUCGUACCCAUGUCUUUCAUGGGCAAGAGCCGAUGGAACGACGAUGAUGACGAUGAUCUGGACGACGAUUUCGAAGACGUACAUACAGCCAGAGCUCCGCCGCGAAUGAACAACGAGGUCCGCCAUGAACCAAUGCAGCAGCGGCCCACUUGGACAGAACGGCAGACGGUUCCGAGAAACCUGUCUGAUUCCUCCAUUACACCUCUCCUCAAGAACGUGUCCAUGUCAGACGUGGAGAAGGCGCGAAGCAUAGUCGAGAAGGCCAUUGCCGAGUCAUCGAGACUCAACCAAGCCCGGCUGUUGAACCCAAUGCGCAACAACUACAAGCUGAAGCCUGGCACCAUCAUCAGUCAGACGGCUGUUGAGGCGCGUCUCGAUGCCAGAGAUGAUGGUCCAGUAGUCUCACCGCUCUUAGAGAUGACCGAUGACCUGGCCGAGGCUGCAGCCUUGGUGGCCGAGGCAGACGCAACCGACAAGGCAGGAAACGUGACGCUGAGCCGGCGAGCGACGGGUACAUUCUGGAUGGAGAGUCUUGCCAGGAAGGGCACUGUGCCGUGGGGCGACAAUGCAACUUACGCGGUAUUUCGCAACGUGCGCGACUACGGUGCGGUUGGCAAUGGUGUGACGGAUGACAGCAAAGCAUUCAAGGCCGCGAUGAACGAUGGAAAACGGUGUGGUGUGAAAUGCAACGGGUCGACGCUCAAGAACGCGAUUAUAUACAUACCGCCAGGCACGUAUCUCAUCUCGACAACCAUCGCCCUGCCAUUUGGCACCCAGGUCAUUGGCGACGCCAACGCCAGGCCGACGCUCCUGGCCUCGAAGAGUUUCAUCGGUAUGGGCGUCCUGUCGACGGACGAGUACACGGGUGGGGGGACAGGCACUGACGGCCAGGACCAGCAGUACUUUGUCAACACGGCCAACUUCUACCGGCAGCUUCGCAACGUCAUCAUCGACGUGACGCAGACGCGCGCCUCGCAGAAGGUGUCCUGUCUGCACUACCAGGUCGCCCAGGCCACCAGCUUGCAGAAUGUGCUGCUCAUCGCAGGCCCAACGCAACAGGGCAUGUACGCUGAGAAUGGCAGCGGGGGGCAGAUUUCCGAUGUGACGUUCCAGGGCGGCGCGGUCGGGCUCUUGGGCGGUAGCCAGCAGUUCACGGCGCAGCGGCUGAAGUUUGACGGAUGCACUGUGGGCGUGCAGCUCAUCUGGGACUGGGGGUGGGUGUGGAAGUCCAUCACCAUGACCAACGUCGGCACUGGCUUCAAGCUGGUGCCCCUAAGCAGCAGCGGCACGGGCCAGGCCGCGACGGCAGCGGGGAACAUCGGCUCGGCCUCCUUCCUCGACUCUUCCUUCACCAACGUCAAGACAGUCGUCGUCAUCACGCCGCCCUCGUCGACCGUGGCCUCUGGCUCUACGGGGCUGAUCCUCGAGAACAUCAAGCUCUCGGGCGUGGCAGUUGCGGUUGCCGACACCACAGGCAAGACGUUGCUAGAUGGCUCCUCAGCUCGUAUAGAUGAAUGGGCCAUGGGCCCUGUCUACGCGGGCUCAGCUACCAACCGCACCUACACGACAGGUGCCAAGAUUGGGAGCUUCCGCAGGCACCAGGCGCUGCUCGAUAGCAAUGGCGCCUACUUUGAGCGCCCCAAGCCCCAGUACGAGAACCGCGGCGUUGGGGACUUUGUCCAUGUCAAGGACCUCGGGGCCAGAGGCGACGGCGUCACUGACGACACGGCCGCAUUCCAGUCUGCCUUGUAUGCGAGUGUGGGCAAGGUUUUAUUCGUCGACGCGGGCUCGUACAUCUUGACGUCGACGGUGACUGUGCCCAGCGGAUCCAAGAUCGUGGGCGAGACGUGGUCACAGCUGGCCGCCUCUGGCUCGUAUUUCCAAGAUGCAAAGAACCCCAAAGUCAUGCUCAAGGUAGGAAACGCGGGCCAGGUCGGCGACGUCGAGAUGCAGGACCUCAUCUUCACCACGGUUGGCCCAACCGCUGGUGCCAUACUGGUCGAGUGGAACAUGCAAGCGUCGAGUCCCGGAGCAGCCGGUCUUUGGGACUGCCACGCACGUGUUGGAGGCGCUACAGGUACCAAGUUGACGCCUGCUGAGUGUCCUCCCGUGACAAGUGGUGUCGAUGCUGGGUGCAGUGCUGCCAGUUUGAUGAUGCACCUGACCAAGUCGGGGUCGGGAUACUUUGAAAACAUGUGGCUCUGGGGUGCUGACCACAUGAUUGACGAUCCCGACCUUAACGACGCCAACAACACCAUGGUGCAAACCUCCGUCUACGUGGCACGUGGCUUCUUAAUCGAGAGUACACGGCCAACAUGGCUCUAUGGCACCGCGUCCGAGCAUGCCGUCUUCUACCAAUUCAACUUCAAUAAAGCAACAAACAUCUUCGCAGGUUUGCUCCAGACGGAAUCGCCCUACUACCAGCCUACACCACCGCCACCAGCUCCUUUCAAGGCAGUCGUUGGUGUCUUCCCGGGCGACCCUGAUUACAAAUGUGCCGCCGGCGACGAGUUCAGCGGAUGUGACGAGUCGUGGGCCGUCAUGAUUCGGGAGUCUCAGAACAUCUUCAUCGCUAGCGCGGGUCUCUAUUCCUGGUUCUCGACCUAUGCACAGACGUGUAUCGACCAGCAGUUGUGCCAAAAAGCCCUUCUCCUGCUCGAAAAGAACUUUUCCAACGUUCGCAUCCAGCACCUCGUCACCAUCGGCGCAAAGUACAUGGCCGUCAUGGAUGGCAAGGGCAUACUGGCCAAAGAUAAUCUUAAUGUGAACACACAUCCCUUCUGGUCCCAGAUCUCCGUGUUGGAUGUCAGCAGCAACGGUUCGCUGUAUGGCGAGUACACCUGGAUCGACCCCAAGAUCUGGGACAUGGACGAGCCAAAGUUCACCUGCUCGCCUCCCUGCAAUGUCAAGAUCCCCCCGUGGACCAAGGCAACCAGCACCCUGAACUAUCCUCUGCUUACAGUAAGCCAAGAUACUUGGACAAGCACCAUCACAAAGGCGCCCUUGACCAUCUCGCAGUGGGUCUUCGAGGUUGUGACGCUGACUGGGCAAGCAGCCAAACAGAAACGUCAAGGCCUCGAGCCCUUCUGGCCUGUACUGGCGACAACAAAGCACUGGCCUGCUGUCGUGUAUGUUGGCCCGGAUGGAGCAUCAACGACCACAGCACCCACCGCACCCUUUCCCACACCCCCGCCCUCUAUUGGCCCCAAUGCAGCCCCACCACCUACGGGCAGCUGGCCGAAGCGCCAGCUCCAGCCCAUAUUCGGCCAGCUCGACGGGCCCCUAUAUACGCAGUGCGGCUUCUUCGACUUCGACUGCAUCAACGAGCCCUGGCUGUACGGCGACAAUGGGACCUUCACGGACCCAGGCGGCGAGGGCGACGACUUCGACGAGAACUGGGAAGAACUCCAGACCGUGUGUCCCAAGCCAAGCAGCUCCUCAUCCAGCUCAUCCACAUCCACAACCACCGCGACAGCGACGCAGUCACAACCGCCGGAAGAGUCGCCGCGCGAGGGCGACCCAAGGCAGAACAAGGCCGAGUGCUACAACGGCGGGCAGAAGACCGAGCACGUACGCAUCGACAACACCAUCAGGGACUUCUGCAACGCGUUGGGCAGGCCAGGAACCAUCCUAAGAGAGAACUUCUUCCUCUCCAACACAUACACCCUGCCCAACGGGGGUGGUGGGCUUGGCGUCCAGAUUGUCACGUCGCUCGCCAUCGACGAGGGCUGCCAAUGGACCUGGAACUUUGACGAGUGCCACCGCUACAUGGAGGUGCCUGCCAACAGCUGUAAUUGUGAAGGCGUCGACGGGAAGCAGGGCGGCAUUGUCAGCAAUGAUUGUUACCAGUGGCGAGUAGAUCCUAAUACUGAUUGGGGUUAA